AUGACUCACCGUGAAAGAAAUUGGCACACAGUCGCAUCUCCACCGCCUAUUGUUAAUAAAAAUCUAUUUGAAAUGUAUUCUCAUGAAGGUAAAGAGAGCAAUUUGUUAGAAAACCAAGAUAGUUCAAAAAUCAUAACUAUUAAGAAACAUGGUAUCGUUACUGAUUCAAAUAAAUUCGAUCAUUUUGGUCAAGAGCAUGGCAUGACUCCACCUCGAAUCAUGGUUACGACACCAACGGGGAAUUCAUAUUCGGAAAAUUUAGCAUUACAAUUAACUCCGCACCCGAUAAAUGUCAACAAUGGCAGACCAUACUCAAAUCAUAAUGAUCAAUAUGAAGCGCUGCAAUAUGAGACACGCGGUAAAUACGAUGACUCGUUUGUCAAACCUACUUCUAAUUACAGUUUGAUAACUUCAGCGUAUGAACCUAGUCCAGAAUAUGAAACCUAUCAGAUUGCACCACAAAAUCCAUACACAACAAGCAUAGCGAUCCAAUCAAAUCAAAACUCGAUAAAUGGAAAUGGUGAUGACUAUGACUAUGGCAAUGGCAAUUUCAAUGGCAAUGGCAAUAAGAAUGGGAAUGUCCAUAGCAAUGACAUUUACCAUAGCAAUGGCAAUGGCAAUGAGAAUGGGAAUUUCCAUGGCAAUGACAUUUACCAUAGCAAUGGCAUUGAGUAUGGCAAUGGCUAUGGCAAGGGCAAUGGCAAUGUCUAUGGCAAUGGCAAUGGGAACGGCAAUGUCUAUGGCAAUGGCAAUGGGAACGGCAAUGUCUAUGGCAAUGGCAAUGGGAAUGGCAAUGGGAAUGGAAAUGGGGAUUUCAAUGGCAAUGGCAUUUAUCAUAGCAAUGGCAAUGUCAAUGACUAUGGUAAUAGCAAUAGCAAUGACUAUGGUAAUAGUAAUGGCAAUAGCAAUGACUAUGGUAAUGAUAAUGGCAAUGGCAAUGUCUAUGGCAACGGGAAUGGCAAUGAGAAUGGAAAUGGGAAAAGGGAUUUCAAUGACAAUGGCAUUUACCAUAGCAAUGGCAAUGUCAAUGACUAUGGUAAUGGCAAUAGCAAUACCUAUGGUUUUGGUAAUGGUAAUGGCAAUGGCAAUGGCAAUGACUGUGGUAAUGGCAAUAGCAAUGACUAUGGUAAUGGUAUUGGCAAUGGCAAUGGCAAUUGCAAUGACUAUGGUAAUGGCAAUGUUAAUGACAAUGGAAAUGACUUUGGAAAUGGCAAGUCAAACCAGAUACAAACCAAGGCAAGAUAG